AUGGAAUACGCGCUGGAAGGAGCUGAUUUCAAGCGCUCUCUUGACUACAACAAGUACGCUGCAAAAGCAGCUUCACACCCACUCACGCCCGAGGACAUCACGAUAUGCUACAAAAUAUGGAACAUUAUCGUCGAAAAAUACACCACCGCGUCGCUGACGCGCCCCAGUGACAAACUCAUUGCGAUUUCUGGUGUUGCUCAAGGGCUGGUAUCCAUCCUAGGCGACGAGUACUGUGUAGGAAUGUGGCGCCGAGAUCUCGAAAUUCAACUUUUAUGGCACCGCGGUGAGGAUCCGACAUCUUACACGAGGCCAGAAACCUAUCGAGCCCCAUCGUGGUCCUGGGCAUCACUGGACGGCAGUAUAGUGAUGAAUGCGAGGCACUUUGACUCAUCAGACCUCAAAGCUCAUAUCGAAGACGUUGUUCUCGUGCACAAAACAGAAGAUAGUACUGGACAAGUGCGUCAUGGGUACUUGGAUUUGAAGGGCGAACUGAAGCCGCUCUGCCUCGCCCCAAAUCUAAAUUGGCCCCAUGAGAAUAAUAUCCACAUCGUCGUACAGAAGUCGCGUUGGUCAACAGAGGCUUACAUGAGACACAUCGACACAAAUACUGGUUUCGACGUUUCCGGUGUUCCCAGCUCACACAGACUCAAUGAUAGCUGGGAGCGCCGCUUAUUCUACAUGACGGUUGUCGCAUCGAGAGACUACGUGGCAGCACUCAUGUUGCGGGUUGGGGCCGACGAGGACGUCCAUGAAAGAAUCGGGUUGAUCGAACUGAUUCGUGGUGUCGAGGACAACGACGGUUUCGAGAAUGGAUUCCUAGCCGGCUUGGAUGACAGCAUCAAGAAGACGCUUCCUUGUUUACGUUACGAGGAUGGAAAGCACACGGUUCGAAUCGUGUGA